GAGAGAGGAGAGAGAGAGAGAGAAGGAAGAGAAAGCUCUAGAGCUCGAGCUGCGCGGCGUGAGGAGAUGAGCGGCGAGGUGGCGGCGGCGGUCGGCGGUGGCGCCCCGGAGGAGAACGGCGCCCCUCCGAACGUCACCAUCUACAUCAACAACCUCAACGAGAAGAUCAAGCUCGAGGAACUUAAGAAAUCGCUCCGCGCUGUUUUCUCCCAGUUUGGGAAGAUUCUUGAUGUUCUCGCUUUCAAGACUUUGAAGCAUAAAGGCCAAGCCUGGGUUGUGUUUGAAGAUGUUGCUUCAGCAACUGAGGCUUUGAAGAGCAUGCAAGACUUCCCCUUCCAUAAUAAACCUAUGAGAAUCCAAUAUGCCAAGACCAAAUCGGAUAUUAUAGCAAAAGCUGAUGGCACCUUUGUACCUCGAGAAAGAAGGAAGAGGAACGAUGAGAAACCUGAAAAGAAGCAGAAGCGUGAGCAGCACCAUGAUGUGAGUCAAGUUGGCUUAGGUGUGAAUGCUUACCCCGGUGUUUAUGGAGCUCCUCCGCUCUCUCAGCUACCUUUUGCUGGCGCACAGAAGGUCAUGAUGCCGGAGAUAAUUGUACCGAAUAACAUCCUCUUCGUCCAAAACCUCCCACAUGAGACGACCCCUAUGAUGCUUCAGAUGCUCUUCUGUCAGUACCCAGGGUUCAAGGAAGUCAGAAUGGUUGAAGCAAAGCCUGGGAUUGCUUUCGUGGAGUACGGCGACGAGGGGCAGGCUACCGCUGCCAUGAACCAUCUUCAGGGGUUCAAAAUUACGAAAGAUAACCAGAUGCUUAUCUCGUAUGCGAAGAAGUAAAUGUACUAUUGACUUGCUCGAUGAAUGUUGUAGUCCCAAGUUUUCGCAUAAUCCAUAGAUUUUCAUUGUUAGGUAGACUACACCAUGACAACCAUGUUAAUGUACUACUGCUCAGCUGCCCGUGUGUGUUUCAGGAAUGAGAUGAAAUUUGAACCAUCUUUGCAGUCGUGAGUUCUCCUAGUUAGUUCCACUCGUGUUCCCUUGUGUAAAAUAUGGCAGCUUGAGACGAUUUACAUUUAUGCUAUUGCUGUUAGCCUCGUUAAAAUAUUUACCAUCUCAUAGUCA